UGCGUGUUUGUGUGUGUGUGUUCAGGGGGUCUGAACAAUCUCUCAAAGUGCGGGGACAGACGGGAGCUAAUAUAAACGCUCUGCCCUUCACUCGGGGCUAUCAGGGGCUAAGAAAACAGGGCUACCUCUGUCACUGACCUCAGGCGCUUCAAAGAAGCAGCGGGACGCGCUGAGCUCCUGCCGGCGGUCAUGGCCACGCUGGAGGGCUGCCGCUGUCGGGGUGCCAGCGGCCGAAACAACAACAGCAGCAGCAGCAGCAGCAUUCUCUACAGCAUUCUGAAGAGUGAUGACCGCCUGGUGACCGCCGAGGAGCAACAGCAGCAUCCCCAACAGCACACGCUGCAGCACUUGUUCCAGAAGCCCCCCUCCUCUUCCGCUUCUGCCUCUUUGCAGGAGGUCCGACAGCAGGCUUGCUCUUGCGGCUCGACUCGGCGCCGGGGCGUCCUCCGCUCCCCGCAGGUGACCUGCAAAGCGGCGUCCGCGGUCCUGGUGAAGACGCUGCGCUUCGUGAAAAACGUCCCCUGUUUUCGCGAGCUGCCCGAGGACGACCAGCUCGUGCUGAUCCGGAGCGGCUGGGCGCCUCUGCUCGUGCUGGGACUCGCACAAGACCGGGUGGACUUUGAGACCACGGAGACCGUGGAGCCGAGCAUGCUGCAGCGCAUCCUCACGGGCUGUCCGGACAGGCAGAGCGAGGCUGUGGGCGGCCAGAACAGGGGGGCACCCGGCGUCUCUGUUGUGGACAUCGAAGCGAUCAAAGCCUUCCUAAAGAAGUGCUGGAGUGUAGAUAUAAGCACGAAGGAAUAUGCGUACCUGAAGGGAGCCGUGCUCUUCAACCCAGAUCUGGAGGGUUUGCGCUGUCUGCACUACAUCCAGUCGCUGCGUCGAGAGGCGCACCAGGCUCUAAACGAGCACGUCAGGCUGAUCCAUCGCGAGGACACGACGCGGUUCGCCAAGCUGCUCAUAGCUCUGUCCAUGCUGAGGGCCAUCAGCCCGCCAGUGGUCGCUCAGCUCUUCUUCAGACCCGUCAUAGGGACUGUCAACAUCGAAGAGGUCCUCAUGGAGAUGUUCUACGGGAAGUAGGUCACGGGUCCAUAGUGGACUGAGAUGAAUUCAGCAGGUUCAGCUGUCAGAUGGACUGAAAUGCUCCAAGAUUGUAUUGGUUGGCAGGUGAGGACGAUGUGUGGGACUCAAUUAAUUAAAGAGAAAUGUAUUUGGGAAAUCUUCAGACUGUGAAAUGACCAACAAAAGCAAGUGUGAGUGUGCAUGUGAGAAUGAGCGGCACAGAGAAAGAAAGAGUGUGCUGAGGGAAGAAUAUGUCAUAAUAGAGGAAAAAUAUAAAGCAGCUCAUGUAAUUCAUAACUUAUUUGUUUUUAUAUAAAAUAUUUUUCUAUAAUAAUAAUGAUAAUAAAAAACACUAAAAAAACAAA